GACACAUUUAGUCGUUGGCAAGCGUAUAUAAGCUCUGUCUUAGAGGCCCUUAGUACAUUCAGUCCUUAUCACCUUUAGUCUUCUUAUCAAGAAAACCCCCACCCCUUUCUUCAAAAUGUACAAGCUGGUCGCAUUCGCCGCUCUCCUGGCCGUGGCCGCCGCCGCCCCCGGCAUCUACGGGGCUCACGGGCUCUACGGCGCCCCCGUGCUGGCCGGGCCAGUUGCCGCCCCCUGGGGCCACGGGCUGGUCGGGGCCGGAGUGUACGGGGCGCCCAUCGUGAAGGCCGCUGUGCCUGUCGCCACUUCUUAUGCUAACACUGUCAGAGUCGCAUCCCCCGUGGUAGCCGCCGCGCCUUACGGGCAUGGUGUUGUGGCCGCCCCCUAUGGACAUGGCCUCGUGGCUUCCCCCUACGCCCAUGGCUGGUAAUGCUCCCCCAGUCCAGGCCAAGCUUGGUCCAGCUCAAACCAUCAGCGCAACAGUCAACAACUAUUUAUUAUUAGCAUUUAAGUGACUUGACACACCAUUGGAGGCACAGCUUAGCUGGAUACUUCAAUGGACUGUGUUGAGUUUUCUUAAUGAAUAAAUGUUGUGAAUUAUUA